CCGGCCGACACAUAAAAGCAGCUGCAGGGACGUUGAGAUUCACAACUCAGGAGACGAAGAGGAUCAGAAAACAAUCUGCCUGACAUCAACGUGUGUGAUCGUCCAACAGAGAUGGAAAGAAAACUGGAGAAACUGGAGGAGAAGCUGAAGGAGCUGGAAGACAAGAUGAAACAAUCAGGAAAAGGCAAAGUGGCGUUCAGUGUCGCAGCAGAACAGGGCGGGGCCGUCGGACCCUUGAGCGCAAACACGACUCUGAGGUUCAACACCGAGAUGUCAAACGUCGACAACGUCUUCAAUCUGAAUACAGGCAUCUUCACCGCGCCUGUCGACGGGUUGUAUUAUUUCACCUUCUUCUACCGAACCCCGGCGAACCAAGAGUCCAUGCUGAUUCUGUACAAGAACGGCCGAGAGGUUCUGAAGAGCUCCGAGACAGCGCGCUACUAUGGCGGAACUGAAACGGCAGGAAAUGCAGCGAUACUGAAGCUGAAGGCGGAUGAUGAGCUGUAUCUGACGCUGCCUGCAGGGAACAGCAUUUGGGCAGCGGGUCGCCAAACCACCUUCAGUGGUUUUCUGCUGGAUUUCUGCCACUGUCAUCACGGGUGACUCCUCAGAGACGAGGCCAAGAACCAGUGAACCUGUACAACUGUGUUCAACCCAAAUAAAUCAUCCUGGCAUCAGUGA